AUGGGGGUCUCAGCCACCAAGAACAUGCAGUUCAUUUGCAUGUGUCUUGCCCUCUUGGUCUCGACUUCACUCUGCAUUGUUCCCUCUGUUGGAACUUUCACCAUGAAUACCAUUCCCAACCCCGGCUUCAAGGGUCGCAACGGCACUGCCGCCUACCUCAAGGCCUUGGCCAAAUAUGCUCAUUUGGCCGACAAUGAUGGUGUCAACAAGGCCACCAGCCCUUUCGGCGAGGUUGUGGGCUUCAGCGAGUCGAAUGAUCGUGAGUGGCUGUGCCCCAUCAAGAUUGGCACUCCAGGCCAGACCCUCAACUUGGAUCUCGAUACUGGUUCUGCAGACCUCUGGGUCUUCACUCCUGAGUCGGUCAGUCACCCUGGCGAGCUUGGAAACCGCAGCAUCUUUGAUGUCAACGUCUCCUCUACUGCUCGCCACCAAGACGGUCGCACUUGGACUAUAACCUAUGGCGAUGGUAGCUUUGCUGAGGGCAGUGUAAUCACCGACCACGUCGAGCUAGGCAACCUCACGAUCAAGAAUGCCACCAUCGAGGUUGCAACACACUUCAGUCGGAAUCUCAUUGACUACGAUCCGUUCCUAUCCGGUCUCAUGGGCCUGGCCAUCAACCUCUCGACCACAGUAUCCCCAGAGGAGGCCGGAGUAACCGAUGGAAUCCUUUCUCAACUCAAGAGAAAGGGCAUAGGCUCCAUCGCUGUCGACCUGCAAUACCAUAACGAGGGCACAUUCUCCUUCGGCAAGGUCAACACUUCCGCAUACAAUGGCGAGAUGCACUACCAGCCAGUCAUGCCUGGCGAGGGAUACUGGCAGAUUCAGAUGAGCACUCUCCGGUACGCCGAGAGCAACGAGACGAUGGUCCACGCUUGGCCAUCCAUCAUCGACACUGGCACCUCACUUAUGCUGAUGGGGUCCGAUGAUGUGGUCCAGGACUACUGGAAGCUUGUCCCGAGCGCCAAGUACUCGUACAGCGAGUAUGGAUUCAUUUUUCGCUGCAACGAGACCCUGCCAGACUUCCACUUUGGUUUCGUGGAGGACUGGACUGAGUUCACCGUGCCAGGUGCUUACAUGAACUACUCCCCGACCAUGGACUCGGGCGAUGGGUGGUGCUACGGCGGCCUGCAGUCUUCUAACAUGGGCGUUACUGUCAUCGGCGAUGUCAUCCUCAAGGCCCUGUAUGUCGACUUCAACAUCGCUAAGGAGUCUGUUGGUUUCGCCAGCAAGCCCCUCCGCACUUGA